AUGCCACUCAAGUCGGAUAUUCACAUCAAUGUUGCAAAGUUUGAGCCAAGCAAUACAUCGGCAGGUACAGCUAAAGCUAAUGAGGAUUUGAUCAACUUGCUGAGGGAUGGUCCAAAAUGGUUUGAGAUGGGUGCCUCAAAAUAUCGUAAGAUGAGGGAUGCUGGGGAAACUCCCAUCCCGAAGCCUAAACUCUUACCAGAUGGUCUCGACAUAGAAAUCCCUUCUCGUGAUAGUGAUCGAGCAAUCCCUUGUCGUUUAAUAUAUCCAUCUUGGCGCAAAACUAUCGAGGAACGAAAGAAGACAAGAGCAAUCGGAUACCUUAUACAUGGCGGUGGAUGGGUUCUUGGCGAUCACCAUUCUGCCGAUAUUCUCCUCCAGUUUUAUGCCGAUGCUGGAGACCUGGCAAUUGUGUUAGUUGGUUAUAGACUUGCUCCAGAAUAUCCUUUUCCAUGUGGUCCAAAUGAUUGUAUUGACGUGGGAGAAUACUUGGUCAAGCAUGGGAAAGGGGUUUUCGGUAGUUCAUUGAAAUUUAUUGGGGGAGAGAGUGCAGGUGCUCACUUAUCUUUACUCGUCGCCUUCCAUCUUCUCAAAAAUCUUCCUGAUUUUAAGUUGUCCGGGCUAAUUCUCCAUUGCGGUAUAUACGAUCUCACAAUGCUCCCUCAAUGUCGGAAUUUCGUUCGUCCAAAUUUAAUACUCGACCACGAUUUGAUGCGUAAAUUCGUCAACGCAUUCCUUCCAGAUAUGUGUGACGAACAAAAGAAAGAUCCUCUCAUAUCACCAUACUAUGAAGAUCUUGAAAAAUUCAGAGGAAGAUUGCCAAGUGCUCUUUUCACAUGUGGUACGGAAGAUCCGUUACUAGAUGAUUCGGUAACAAUGGCCACAAAGUGGAUGAUGAUGGGUGGGGAGGCCAUCAUUAAAAUUUAUACCGGGGCGCCGCAUGCGUUUAUUAAUAUGAAGGAUAAGUUGAAGGAAGCAAUGGAUGCACAGGAAGAUACGAAGACCUGGAUAAUUGAUAGUAUGGCGGAAUUAUGAGGAAUUCUUUAGGGUGUGUGGGAAAUGGGAUUUGUGGCAUGGGGUUUCGUUGCUUGUUUGAGAUGAAAAGGAACGUCGAAGAGAAAUGUGGGUAUUUUGAUGCGGAAUACUGGAGGAGGUGAUUGCGUAGAAAUGUUGUUUCGAUAUAGAUUACAUUGGGAAUCUUUUCUAUUCGGACUUUUUCUUUUCCUUAUCAGCCCUACUUUGAUCACUAUAUAUCAUAUAAAUUUCUGUGGCUACAAAACUUAUGGUUUCAACAUUUGAUAGUAGCUUUUGGUGAUAUGAAAAGCCAUCCAAAUCAAGACCUUCAAUUUUGAAUUCGUGUUCC